AUGGAUCGCGGUCUUCCGUCUCUAAUUGAGAGCUCCCGUGCGAUUUCUCAGCCAUACAAUGGAGAUUUUCGAGUCGACAAAAAUGUUCUCGCCAAGUUUCCAGAAGGAACAGCGGUCCUAUCUGCAGACAGUUUUGGCACUUCCGCAUGGACAGUCACAGCUCGGCUCCAUCUUAAGCUACCCGACGGUUCUGAGGAAAGAUACUUCCUCAAGUCAGCCCCAGAGGAUCAUGGCCGGACGCUUAUGGAAGGCGAGUUUAAUGCGAUGACUGAGAUAUACAAAUGGGCGCCGGAUUUGGCCCCCAAACCGCAUAGUUGGGGGAAGUACGCGCUUGAAAAGCCAGAAGCUUACUUCUUCUUAUCCCAAUAUAUCGACAUGAACGAUAUGAUGCCGGAUCCAAACCAGCUGUGCAACAAACUUGCUCGCCUUCAUCGAGAAAGCCAGUCUCCAACAGGCCAAUUUGGCUUCCAUAUUACCACUUGCCAGGGCCGUAUCCCACAGUCUCUACAGUGGGAGUCGAAUUGGACCGUAUUCUUCACUCGGCUCCUUCAACAUGUAAUUGACAUGGACUUUGAGUACAACGGAUAUUGGGAAGAGCUGGAUCGGGUAGAAAAGCAAUUCGUUGCUCACGUGAUCCCCCGACUCUUAGACGCCUUGGUAAAAGACGGCAGAAAGAUCAAGCCUUGUCUUAUUCAUGCAGAUCUAUGGGAGGGUAAUAGUGGUACUUCUUUUGAGAAUAACAAUAUCUAUAUAUUCGACGCGGCCGCAUUUUAUGCGCACAGCGAAAUGGAAAUCGGAGACUGGCGCUGCUAUUAUAACAAAAUCAGCAACAGGGUAUACACACGAACAUAUCUAAGGCAUCAUGGCCCAAGCCAGCCGAAAGAUGAAUGGGAAGACCGAAAUCGUCUGUAUAGCAUUUACUUCAACGUAAUCUAUUCAGUCAACCAUCUUGGCACGGGCAAGGCCGUGCGUCAAUUAGCCUAUCAGGAUAUGUAUUAUCUCAUUGACAAAUACGCCCCAUUUCCUGAGGGCGAAGGACCACCAAAGCUAGACAAGUCAGAAAUGGUUUCGUUGUCUGCCGAGCGAGACCACGCGGCGAAUUAG